AUGGAGAGCUACCUCAACGAGAACUUCGGGGGCGUCAAGCCCAAGCACUCCUCCGACGAGGCGCUGGGACGAUGGCGCAAGGUCGUCGGCGUCGUCAAGAACCCCAAGCGCCGCUUCCGCUUCACCGCCAACCUCGGCAAGCGAUCCGAGGCGGCCGCCAUGAAGCGGACCAACCAGGAGAAGCUGCGUGUUGCUGUGCUUGUUUCAAAGGCUGCACUUCAGUUCAUCCAUGGUCUUGCUCCCCACAGCGAGUACACAGUCCCUGCCGCCGUCAAGGCAGCAGGCUAUGGCAUCUGUGCUGAGGAACUGAGCUCUGUUGUCGAGAGCCACGACAUCAAGAAGCUGAAAGCACAUGGCGGCACCGAGGGCCUCAUAUCAAAGGUGUCUACCUCAGAGUCGGAUGGCGUCAGCACAUCCAAGGACAAGCUUGCAUCCCGGCAGGAGAUCUUUGGCAUCAACAAAUUCGCCGAGACGGAGGCCCGCAGCUUCUGGGUCUUUGUCUGGGAGGCGCUCCACGACAUGACACUCAUGAUCCUUGCUGCAUGUGCCUUCUUCUCGCUCGUCGUCGGCAUUGCCACCGAGGGGUGGCCCAAGGGCGCGCAUGAUGGCCUUGGCAUCGUCGCUAGUAUUCUUCUGGUUGUGUUUGUCACUGCGACAAGCGACUACCGGCAAUCCCUGCAGUUCAAGGACCUUGACAAGGAGAAGAAGAAGAUCACGGUGCAGGUCACUCGGAGUGGGUACCGGCAGAAGCUCUCGAUAUACGAGCUUCUCGUUGGUGACAUUGUGCACCUUUCCAUUGGUGAUCAAGUACCAGCUGACGGUUUGUUCGUAUCAGGAUUCUCAUUGCUGAUUAAUGAAUCAAGCCUGACUGGGGAGAGUGAACCAGUUGCUGUCAAUGCCGAGAACCCAUUCCUUUUGUCAGGAACUAAAGUGCAGGAUGGUUCUUGCAAGAUGCUUGUGACGACAGUCGGCAUGAGGACUCAAUGGGGUAAACUCAUGGCCACCCUCAGUGAAGGCGGGGAUGAUGAGACGCCAUUGCAGGUCAAGCUGAACGGCGUUGCAACCAUCAUUGGCAAAAUAGGCCUCGUCUUUGCUGUUGUCACAUUUGCAGUGCUCACUGAAAGCCUGUUCCGCCGCAAGAUCAUGGAUGGUUCGUACUUGAGUUGGAGUGGAGAUGAUGCACUGGAGCUGCUUGAGUUCUUUGCUAUUGCUGUUACUAUUGUUGUCGUAGCAGUUCCUGAAGGCUUACCGCUCGCCGUGACCUUGAGCCUUGCAUUUGCCAUGAAGAAGAUGAUGAAUGACAAGGCACUUGUCCGACACCUUGCAGCUUGUGAGACCAUGGGCUCAGCAACCUCCAUUUGCAGUGACAAGACUGGCACACUCACAACGAAUCACAUGACUGUCGUCAAGGCUUGCAUCUGUGGCAAAAUUAAAGAAGUGGAAAAAUCUUCAGACACCAAGAGCUUAUUCUCUGAGCUACCGGCUUCUGUCAUGACAAUGCUCUCGCAGUCCAUAUUUAACAACACCGGUGGCGAUGUUGUCAUCAACCAGGAUGGCAAACGCGAAAUACUGGGCACACCAACUGAGGCAGCAAUUCUAGAGCUUGGGCUGUCACUCGGUGGAGAUUUCCAGGCAGUGCGAAAAGCAACCACCCUCAUCAAAGUUGAGCCAUUUAACUCCGCGAAGAAGAGAAUGGGAGUGGUCAUCCAGCUGCCAGGGGGUGCAUUCCGUGCUCACUGCAAAGGUGCAUCAGAGAUCAUAUUGGCAUCUUGCAGCAAGUACCUGAAUGACCAAGGCAAUGCCGUCCCCCUUGACACUGCAACUAUUGCUCACUUGAAUGCCACGAUUGAGAGCUUUGCAAAUGAGGCACUUCGCACUCUGUGCCUUGCUUACAUUGAAGUUGCAGAUGGGUUCUCAGCUAAUGAUGCGAUUCCUGAAGAGGGGUACACAUGCAUUGGCAUUGUUGGGAUUAAAGACCCAGUGCGCCCGGGUGUGAAGGAAUCUGUCGCCAUCUGCAGGUCAGCCGGUAUUACUGUCAGGAUGGUCACAGGCGACAACAUUAACACAGCAAAGGCAAUUGCCCGGGAAUGUGGCAUUUUGACUGAAGGCGGUCUUGCCAUUGAAGGCCCAGAUUUUAGAACUAAGAGUGCAGAAGAAAUGUAUAAAUUGAUACCAAAGAUACAGGUAAUGGCUAGGUCUUCACCACUUGACAAGCACACCUUAGUGAAGAAUCUCCGGACUACACAUGAAGAAGUUGUUGCCGUGACUGGUGACGGAACAAAUGAUGCACCCGCACUUCAUGAGGCUGAUAUUGGACUUGCGAUGGGCAUUGCUGGAACUGAGAGUCAAUUACAUGUUUGCUCCAGUAUGCCUCAUUUUGGUAUUUUUUUGAAGGUUGCAAAAGAGAGUGCCGAUGUCAUUAUUCUUGAUGACAACUUCUCCACUAUAGUCACGGUUGCCAAAUGGGGUCGAUCUGUGUACAUCAACAUUCAGAAGUUUGUGCAGUUUCAACUGACAGUCAACGUGGUUGCCCUCGUUGUGAACUUCUCGUCAGCUUGCAUGACAGGGAGUGCUCCCCUUACUGCUGUUCAGUUGCUCUGGGUCAAUAUGAUCAUGGACACACUAGGAGCAUUGGCAUUGGCCACAGAACCUCCAAACGAUGAACUGAUGAAGAGGACUCCUGUUGGAAGGAAAGGAAACUUCAUUAGCAACAUUAUGUGGAGGAACAUCAUGGGACAGGCAAUCUACCAGUUUUUUGUAAUUUGGUAUCUGCAGACGGAAGGAAAGACGUUGUUUGAACUUAAGGGUGAUAAUUCCGAUCUAGUCUUGAACACGCUCAUCUUCAAUUGCUUUGUGUUCUGCCAGGUGUUCAACGAGGUGAGCUCCAGAGAGAUGGAGAGGAUAAAUGUAUUCAAAGGCAUUCUAAACAACAACGUGUUCGUCGCGGUGCUCGGCAGCACGGUCUUAUUCCAGAUCAUCAUAGUACAGUUCCUUGGCGAUUUCGCGAACACCACCCCUCUGUCACUCAGGGAGUGGUUCUCCUGCAUCGUCAUCGGCUUCAUAGGCAUGCCUAUCGCCGCGAUAGUCAAGCUCUUCCCAGUGGGUUCUCAGUAG